AUGUUGUCUUCCAGGAGGCAUAUAAUGGCCGAUGAGGAGCUCGGCAAGAAGGAUGACGACCAUAAGCGCCGAUCUGAUCGAGAACAUCUCUGGCACUCGAAAUCACAAUGGAGACUACCGCGCCGCCGGUCGCUCCUAGUCCUCGUCGCUCUAUAUCUUUUAUACCUAUUUUUUAAGAACAUGCCGACCGACCUUACACCUGUUAGAGAACGACCGGUAUUCGCGCAAUCUCAGCAGAUACCUCCAGCGCAAUGGUCACGUCCAGCGCCAUCGCCUGCGAUUCCAGACCAGAAUCCUCCGUCUCGAGGGGUACCUGCGGCAGACAACAAACAGGACUUCUAUUAUGAAGGGGAAGUGAAAUUCUAUGGUUUGGCUGCGAGCUUGAAGCUCUUCCAGAAACUAGGGAGCCAUCGCGGAACACCUAGUCACGAUGUAGUCAUUGCUGGCGCCAGCUUGGAAAGCAUAUCGGAUCUAUUGCAACUUGCAUGUCGAAUGGCCAGUCAGAAAACGAAUGAAGUCCAUUUUGUGCUGAUGGGGAGGGAUGAUAUUUCAAUUGAAGGGUUACAACGUGUGAACGGUAUCAGCAAUGAGGAUUGCCUAAUCAACUGGCAUGAUGCCCGACCAGACUAUGCGCAGUUCUCGACGGACGGCCGAAUGGAGAGGGCGGUUGCCGUCGGCCUUAAAUAUGUCUAUGCAUAUAUCCGUCCUCAAGUGAUCAUUACACAUGGCGAAUCGCUGGAACAAGCCUUCUUCCUCAGAGGCUCUCGGUCGAUGUCUCGAGAAUUCGGCAUUCCUCAUAUCACCCUUCCGAGCGUCGCAAGGAAUCUCAUGUGGAUAUCCACAUUGGACACUCAUGCUCUUCGAGUGUGGAAUGAUAUUCGUGUUGAAUUCCUCGUCAAUGCACAGCCAGAGUCUUCCGGUUCCCUCAUUAGACUGGUUCGGUCGCUGCAAGAGGCCGACUACCUUGGAUCGACGCCCGGUCUAACUAUUGAGCUUCCCGCGGAUGUUGACCCCCAGCUCCUCCACUUUCUGAAAACCUUAGAUUGGCCCCCUGCUGCAGCUGCCGAGGCGUCUUUGAAGACCGUGGAGGCGUUCUAUCCCAAGGAUCCAAACGUUACCCACGUGCUGAUGCUCUCACCUCAAACUGAAUUGGCUCCCUCGUUCUAUCAUUACUUGAUGUAUACGAUGUUGAAAUAUAAAUACUCCGCUCGCUACAAGCAGCUGGGUUCCGGGUUGUUUGGGGUAUCUUUGGAACUUCCAUCGACUCAUAUCACGGACGACGAACCUUUUACACCCCCAAUCUCGGAGAGUGACGGCCUAUCAAACAACGCCCCAGGGCGCCCGUCGCCCAGCUUCCUUUGGCAGGCUCCAAAUACUAACGCGGCAUUGUAUUUUGGCGACAAGUGGGUCGAGCUUCAUUCUUUCUUGUCCAAACGCCUUCCAAUCCUGGCUACUACACCAGACAGCUCAGUUCAAGAGAGAAUUGUUUCGAAAAAGUACCCGGCUGUCAUGGAAUACCUCUUGGAAUUGAUUCGCGCGAAAGGUUACUACCUGUUGUACCCGGCAUUUCCCGCCAGCGGAGCCUCCUCUCUGGCGACAGUCCACAACGAACUAUACCGGUUUCCGGAAGAGUACUCUGACGGCAAGGCAAAGUCGGCAGACGAACCUCCUACUCCGAUUGAUGACCCGUUCAAACCCUUGACGGCAGAUUUUGGCCAACUUGGAGCUGUUGAAAAACCACUCAGUCAAGCCUCGACCGUCAUGCCCCUUCUGGAUGAGUUCUCAUCCGAGCUUGUCGACAUAGAUCAUCUGCCAGUAUUGUCCUAUCAAGGGAAUGAACUGAGCGGACUUGCCUUUUCUCGACAAACUGAAGAGUACGCGCAACAAUUUAGAUCUCGCUAUGGGGGCUGUAACGAUGAUCGCGUGGUUAAUGUCAGGCCAGACGAUCUCUUCUGUUUAUCAGGUUGA